AUGAGUAGUCGCGGCGGUAAACUCGCCCCAGAAGUGAACCGCUACAACGUAACUCCCGAAGAGCUAUUCGAUCUCUUUGGCAAAUUUGGCCCGAUUCGGCAAGUCCGACAGGGCAUUGCCAACAACACCAAGGGCACUGCCUUCGUUGUCUAUGAAGACGUAAUGGAUGCAAAGCAGGCCUGCGACAAGCUAAACGGCUUCAAUUUCCAGAACCGAUACCUUGUUGUAUUAUACCAUCAGCCCGAAAAGAUGCUCAAGUCAAGAGAAGACAUCGAGGCCCGCCGCGAAUCUUUAGCUCAGCUCAAAAAGCAGCACGGUAUCGAUUGA